AUCCUACAGCCUCAGCCUCCCGAGUAGCUGCGGCUACAGGCGUGCACCACCUACGCCCAGAUAAUUUUUUGUAUUUUUAGUAGAGACGGGGGUUUCACCGUGUUUAGCUAGGAUGGCCUCGAUCUCCUGACCUCGUGAUCCGCCCGCCUCGGCCUCCUAAAGUGCUGGGAUUACAGGCGUGAGCCACCGCACCCGGCGGCAAGGGGGGAUGUUAUUAAUCACCACUCCAGGACGACAGAGGGAAAAUGGCCUUGUACUGGACAAACUGGAAUAUCUGAUCAACCAUUAUACAGUGCAUGGAGUGGGAAGAGGAAUGGGGACUUUUUAAUUGUAUUUCUAAAAAGUAUCGUCUGUGGUGAAUCAGAAACAAAACUCGUUCUUUACCACAGGCAGUUUAAGCGCUGCCUGAAAGACCUAAGGACGGUAAACCACAGACAUGAGACACGGAACUUUGCGAAAACGUAGUCGUUUUAUAUACCGGGUACUUAUUGGAGUUACACUAGAGACUCACUCCUGGAGUUCAUCAGCCAAUCCAAAGUCCGAGCGUGAGAGCCAGAGCCUGUAGGAGAGGGCUGGGCAGGCCUCAGACCAGAGGAGUGGAGCCCCGCAUCACUCAACCCUGAGGGCGGAGCUAGCCCAGGCUCCCACACCCGACGCUCUGGCCCACACAGACGCUACUCUGUAGCAUUUCAGGUUCCCUCUGGCUGCACUCUGGAGGACCACACUCGUUUCUUUUUGGCUGCCAGAGGCCCCGCAUCCACCGCUGAGCUGGGAGAAAGAUGGCGGCAGCCGUGCGACAGGAUUUGGCCCAGCUCAUGAAUUCGAGCGGCUCUCAUAAAGAUCUGGCUGGCAAGUAUCGUCAGAUCCUGGAAAAAGCCAUUCAGUUAUCUGGAGCAGAACAACUAGAAGCUUUGAAAGCUUUUGUGGAAGCAAUGGUAAAUGAGAAUGUCAGUCUUGUGAUCUCGCGGCAGUUGCUGACUGAUUUUUGCACACAUCUCCCUAACUUGCCUGAUAGCACAGCCAAAGAAAUCUAUCACUUCACCUUGGAAAAGAUCCAGCCUAGAGUCAUUUCAUUUGAGGAGCAGGUUGCUUCCAUAAGACAGCAUCUUGCAUCUAUAUAUGAGAAAGAAGAAGAUUGGAGAAAUGCAGCCCAAGUGUUGGUGGGAAUUCCUUUGGAAACAGGACAAAAACAGUACAAUGUCGAUUAUAAACUGGAGACUUACUUGAAGAUUGCUAGGCUAUAUCUGGAGGAUGAUGAUCCAGUCCAGGCGGAGGCUUACAUAAAUAGAGCAUCGUUGCUUCAGAAUGAAUCAACCAAUGAACAAUUACAGAUACAUUAUAAGGUAUGCUAUGCACGUGUUCUUGAUUAUAGAAGAAAAUUCAUUGAAGCUGCACAAAGGUACAAUGAACUGUCUUACAAGACAAUAGUCCAUGAAAGUGAAAGACUAGAGGCCUUAAAACAUGCUUUGCACUGUACGAUCUUAGCAUCAGCAGGACAGCAGCGUUCUCGGAUGCUAGCUACUCUUUUUAAGGAUGAAAGGUGCCAGCAACUUGCUGCCUAUGGGAUCCUAGAGAAAAUGUACCUAGAUAGGAUCAUCAGAGGAAAUCAGCUUCAAGAAUUUGCCGCCAUGCUGAUGCCUCACCAAAAAGCAACUACAGCUGAUGGUUCCAGCAUCUUGGACAGAGCUGUUAUUGAACACAAUUUGUUGUCUGCAAGCAAAUUAUAUAAUAAUAUUACCUUCGAAGAACUUGGAGCUCUUUUAGAGAUCCCUGCAGCUAAGGCGGAAAAGAUUGCAUCUCAAAUGAUAACAGAAGGACGUAUGAAUGGAUUUAUUGACCAGAUUGAUGGAAUAGUUCAUUUUGAAACACGAGAAGCCCUGCCAACGUGGGACAAGCAGAUCCAAUCACUUUGUUUCCAAGUGAAUAACCUUUUGGAGAAAAUUAGUCAAACAGCACCAGAAUGGACAGCACAAGCCAUGGAAGCCCAGAUGGCUCAAUGAAUCCUUGCAGAACUUCUAUGCACAUGACAUCUUUUUCCAUGUUGUGCAGAUCAGUUUCACUAUCUCCAAAGCAUUUGCAUCAUGACCUUAUACAUUUCAAUCCCUUUUAUGCUGGAUUCCGUUUAAAGAAGACAUUAUUAGAGCAGGAAGUACAAGCAUUUAAAAAUAUGUAGUUCCCGUAUAUUUCAGGUUCUCUGUGUAUUAAGCUAACUCAGAUGUUUUGAAAGCUUUUUCUUUAAACAGAGGUGAAAUAUCUGUGGCUAAAAAGUUUGAGAUUUGUGAUAACUUUGUAGUCAUGUAAAACUUAAGUGCUUCAUGCCUCUCCAAAUGUGGUUAUUCAAUAAAUGGAGAAAUGAGCCAAAUAAAAGUAGUACUUUGUUUUUAGUUA